AUGACUGCCGUUAGCGAUAGAAAGCCUUUGCGAUCCUGCGCAAGGUGCCGCAAGAAUAAAAUAAAAUGUGAUUCUAUGGAGACUAGGCCGGGGCCUUGCUCUAGUUGUGUUAGAAAAGGAGUAGAAUGUAAUGUUGAUUACGUUAGCCCGCCUCAGAGGUCAAAGGAGAUGAAAAUGUUAUGUGAUAAUAUUCGUUUUGUGAAGGAUAACGUUUCUUCACUUUGUUUUAUUUAUGAAAAACACCUGCAAGAUCUAGUUGUUGGUAAUUACAAUCGCUCAGUGAAAGCUAUUUCAUGUCCAACUAGGGUUCUAAAAAUUUUAGGGAAGUUUUAUGUGUUUUAUAUUGAUGAAGAUGCGGGUUCGUUGUACAUCAAUGAUAUUCCAAUUAAACUAUCCCUGUUAACAGCAUCAUUUGACACUUUCAGAUCAUUAUUGUCUAAGUUGUUGAGUAUUUAUUUCAAGUGGGAUGGGGUUGGUGAUAAUGAUUAUGAGGACACUGAAGUAUUUCUGGCAAGGUUCAAUGUUAGGUCAAUGAUCGAGGAUAACCAACUGCUACUACUUAUUUGUAUCUUGAACUUUUAUUUUGAUAUUCCAGGUUUGAACUUUUUGGAGAUUUACGAUCAUGUGCUUGAGAGUUAUUGUCAAGGUGCUUGUAAGAGUAAUGAUGAUACUUCUGGUUUGCUGAGCAAGUCUCUUCUGGCUAAACUAAUCAUCGGCGAUUACCAUAAUUGCCAUUUCCAUAGUGAACUGUUCAUCAAACAUUUCACUAUUUAUUUAUUUUUGCAUGUGGUGUUAUAUGGGACAGAGCAUUUUAUGACAUCUUUUAUGGAUAGGUAUAUCAGGACAUUGGAAUGCAUAAGAAAGAAAAUUAAUUUUGAUAAAAACUGGGAAGUAAAAUGGGCUAAUUUUUAUAUUCGUUUGUUGAAUUUGGUGGAAAUGGAAGUCGGUGAGGAAAAUUCUAUUGAUGAAGUAGAGUUGAAAAGUAUGUUCAAUGGAAUAAUUGAUGGGACUGAAUGUGACUGGACUACUUGCUUUAUCACUGUUGUGAAAUUCAAUCAGUACCUUAUUGAAAGGAAAAGUUGGCCUGAAGGGGAGUAUGUUCGAUUAGGCUUACCGCAGGUUUGUCGGAAGUUAGAGGAUGAUCUGAAAAUAGUCUCUGAAGGGAAAGAAUUGUGUGAGAGACGUGGAUUCCUUGAGAUUUUUUUAUGUCAGUUACUGAACUUGAACCAUUUGUUGUCACAGAACAAUUGCUCAGUGGAACUGAAAGAUACUGACUGUUUUGAUGGGUUUACUUACGAGCUUGUAGAUGUUGUUGGUGACCAGCAUUUACCUGGAGGGUAUUUGUGUCAGAAUAAGUAUAGAAUUUUGAAAAAGUGCUACACCAAGUUGAAUGACGACUCUUUAGUUUUUAUGGAACGAUCCGUUGGUAAGCAUUAUUGGUGCAUUGGCGAAGGGAAUGUGGUUGAUGUAGUGAAAGGUGAUUUUGAAGCAUAUUUGAGUCAUGAUGACAUGUCGUUGAAGAUUCUUAAAUCCAGUUGUCGUUUAAUAUGGUCGUUGUAUGAGUAUGCUGUUUAUUAUGAAAUGCUGGAUCGCGUGUUAUACUAUGAACCAUUUGUUUGGGAUCCGCAGUUGUUGUUAGAAAACAAUGGUUUAAUUUGUCAAAAUGACGAUAAUCGAGUGAAAGAUGUGAUUAAAGAGGAGGAUAUUGAUGGAUCGGAAGAACCUAUUGAAACAAUACUUCAAAAUGUUGACUGGAUCAAAGAGAGCGCCGACGACGUGCUAAGGAAAAUCCAUGGUGUAUUGAAUUGA